CCACGACUCGCACAUUGCACGUUGAUGGCACCACUGUAUCUAUCCAUGGCAACAACAGCCAAGACCAAUCAAAGUUCCUUAGGCGACGAAGCAUAACCGACAAGAGCUAGACUACGCACCCCCAGGCCGAAAUUUGUUACUCAUGGCCAACUCAUAUUUCGCCGGCACCACCGCCAUGUCUCGAUCAUUAGUAUGCAAAGCUGCCGCCGGAUCCCAACCAAGGCUCUUUGCUUCUCAUUUUCUGAAGGCGUCGGACUCGUCCUGCGCCACGGCACACAACCGCCCCUCAUCUUCCUCCACCCGCCACAUCACAUGUGCCAUCAGCCCGGCGAGGCGGAAAGAAUGGCCACAGGCGGCGCAACAUACAGCCCCGCCCACGGCAGCAACAGCAACAGCAGCAGCAGCGGCGGCGGCGGCGGCGGCGGCGCGCCGUAGCCUCCACAUGACGGGGCCAGCCCGGGCCGGCGCCGACGGCAGGGGGCCGCAGGGUGGCGGCGGCGGCGAGUCCAGGACGGACAUUGGCGCGCUGGACGUGCUGGCGGGCGCCGAGGCGCCGGCGACGGCGGUGGACGCGUGCCUGCCCGACGGCUUCAAGCUUAGCUCGGGGCUCACGGUCCGGGGCGGGGCCGGGCUGCUGCUCGUGGGCGGCGAGGCCUUUACGUGGCGGCCGUGGGAGUGCGUCGACGUCGACAACAACAACAACAAAAACAACAGCGGCAACGAUAACGGCCGCCGCCUGCGGAUGCGGCUGAUCAACGACAAGGGCCAGUGGGAGGUGCCCGAGUCGGCCUUUGGCCUGCUGUCGCUCGUGUGGCCGCGCCCGGACCUGCUCGUCCUGGGCUUGGGCCCCGAGAUGCGCCCGCUCAGCCCGGCCACGCGCCGGCUCGUCAGCGGCCUCGGCCUGCGCGUCGAGGUGCUCGACACGCGGAACGCGGCCGCGCAGUUCAACCUGCUCGCGACGGAGCGCGGCGUCGGCGACGUGGCGGCCGCGCUGGUGCCGUUCGGGUGGAAGGAGGGCGUCGGCGCGGCGUGAGGGGAGCAUGGAUGGGAUGGCGCGCGGCACCGGCUCCCCUCGCCUUUGCUGAUCGCAUCUCUCUCGGGAUCUAUGGUUUCUAUGGAAGUCAGCUCGGGAGCGCCGGGCCGGGCAUGGAGACGACAUGACGCCUUGGUGGCGAUUCCUACGAUGCCUAUUCUAGGAACGCGAGGCCAAAGCUCAUGUUCACUCACAAAAAAAAAACAUCCAGAGGUAGCAGCAGCCCGGAGGACCAAGGAGACCCCAGUUUCAAAUCUCGAACAAGCUCCAUUCCAAAACCCCUACCAUGCCCACGCCCGAGCGCCAUUCUCAUGUGUGCUGGUGUAUUCAGUACCACCAUGUCCUUUCGCGAGGGGGCUAGGGUAUUAAACAUCACGAUGCGGGGUUAGGGUCUGGGUUCGGGCCUAAAUCUGAUGGGCCUAUACUCGAAACGUUUAAUAUCCUAUUCCGUGAAGUCCUUGAUGCCCAGGGUUGGGAAAAAAGUCAAGAGUCAAAAGUUAAAGUUACUGCCCUAACUUUAAAAGCUAGUCACAGCCAGGGUGAUUUUAGCCCGCGCAAGUAAUCCGGUAUAUAGACGCACCAGAUGGCCAGAGUUGGCUUUCCCCCUCUCCUCACGCAGUAACAAUCUCUUCAUACAGUAGCUAAGCAAGUGUUGCGCCGUGAGAAAUACCUACCCAGCUGCUUCACCGAGAGUGAAGAGGAGAUCAUCAGGACCGAGAUGCGACAAAAGCUGAAAGGGUCGUUCUCCGUUAGCUAAUAGGUGCUCAGUGAGGGUUUCAACAUUGAGGACAUGCCUGACAUGGGGGACAUCGAGGACAUAAGGGACGAGGACAGGAUGUAUUGGUUUGACUGGGCUGGGUUGUAUUUUCGCCGCGAUAACCUGCAUCGUUUCGAUGUAAAUGUUUUAUAGUCUGUUAUUCGUAGCACUAAAUUGGAAAGACGGGAGUCGCAAUGCAAACAAGCCACAAAGU